AAGCUCUACAUCGGUGCCCUCUUCCCGAUGAGCGGAGGCUGGCCCGGGGGCCAAGCAUGCCUCCCUUCCGCUCAGAUGGCCCUCGACUUGGUGAACAAGAGAACGGAUAUACUGCCGGAGUACGAACUGGAACUGAUCCACUACGAUAGCAUGUGUGAUCCAGGUGAAGCCACCAAGCUCCUGUAUGACCUGCUCUACACUGAGCCCAUCAAGAUGGUCCUGAUGCCCGGCUGCAGCUCUGUGUCCACUCUGGUGGCCGAGGCCGCUCGCAUGUGGAACCUUAUAGUGUUAUCCUAUGGUUCCAGUUCUCCGGCUCUCUCCAACCGUCAGCGCUUCCCGACGUUCUUCCGUACCCACCCGUCUGCCACCCUCCACAACCCCACCAGGGUUCAGCUCUUUCAGAAGUGGAAAUGGACUAAGAUCGCCACCAUCCAGCAGACUACGGAAGUCUUCACCUCGACGCUGGAUGAUCUAGAGGCGAGGACCAAGGAGGCUGGGAUAGAGAUCAGUGUUCGCCAGAGCUUCCUCACCGACCCCGCCCCAGCUGUCAAGAACCUCAAGCGGCAAGAUGCCAGAAUCAUCGUGGGGCUCUUCUACGAGACAGAAGCCAGAAAAGUUUUCUGCGAGGUGUACAAGGAGAAGCUCUAUGGGAAGAAAUAUGUCUGGUUCCUGAUUGGUUGGUACGCAGACAACUGGUUCAAGAUCAAAGACCCGUCAAUCAACUGCACCGUGGAGCAGAUGACAGAGGCGGUGGAGGGCCACGUUACCACGGAGAUCGUCAUGCUCAACCCCGAGACCGUCCGAGGGGCCUCCAAUCUGACGUCUCAGGAGUUUCUGAACCAGCUGAUGUCUAAGUUGGGGGGUAAGAACCCUGAGGAGACGGGGGGGUUCCAGGAGGCCCCUCUGGCCUACGAUGCAGUGUGGGCCCUGGCUCUGGCCCUCAACAAGACCGUUGGCCCACUGAAGGCCAAGGGCCGCAGGCUGGAAGACUUCAACUACAACAACCGAGAUAUCACUGCCGAGAUCUACCGUGCUCUCAACACCAGCUCAUUCGAAGGAGUGUCGGGCCAUGUUGUGUUUGAUGCCCAGGGUUCUAGAAUGGCCUGGACUCUUAUUGAGCAGCUGCAAGGAGGCAGCUAUAAGAAGAUUGGAUACUUUGACAGUACCAAAGGAAAUCUAUCCUGGUAUGGGAAUGACAGGUGGAUAGGUCCAGGCCCCCCAGCAGAUCAGACGGUGGUUAUAGAGGAGUUUAGGUUCCUCUCUCAGAAGCUCUUUGUCUCUGUGUCUGUGUUCGCUGGACUGGGGAUUCUACUGGGGAUAGUGUGUCUCACAUUCAACAUCUACAACAGCAAUGUCAGGUACAUCCAGAACUCCCAGCCCUACCUGAACAACAUGACGGCAGUGGGGUGUAUGAUGGCUCUGGCUGCUGUCUUCCCUCUGGGCCUCGAUGGACACCACGUACACAGGAAACAGUUCCCCGUUGUCUGCCAGUUCCGCCUGUGGCUGCUUGGCCUGGGCUUCAGCCUGGCGUACGGUUCUAUGUUCACUAAGAUCUGGUGGGUCCACACCGUCUUCACCAAGAAGGAUGACAAGAAGGAGAAGAGGAAGCACCUGGAGCCGUGGAAACUCUACGCCACCGUGGGGGUGCUGCUGGUCAUCGACGUCCUGUCACUCAUGAUCUGGCAAAUAGUGGAUCCUCUACACAUCACUGUGGAGAAGUUUGUGAGAGAGGCCCCUAAAGGAGACCUGGAUGUUCUGGUUCAACCGCUGCUGGAACACUGCAGCUCAGACAAGAUGAACACUUGGCUUGGGGUGGUGUAUGGCUAUAAGGGCUUGCUGCUGCUCCUGGGGAUUUUUCUGGCUUAUGAGACCAAGUCUAUAUCAACAGAGAAGAUCAACGACCACCGUGCUGUCGGCAUGGCCAUUUACAACGUCUCAGUGUUGUGUAUGAUCACGGCUCCCGUCACCAUGAUCUUGUCGUCGCAGCAGGACGCCUCGUUUGCCUUCGCCUCCCUGGCCAUCGUCUUCUCUGUCUACAUCACCCUGGUGGUGCUCUUUGUCCCCAAGAUGCGUCGCCUGAUCACCCGAGGAGAGUGGCAGUCAGACACCCAGGAGACCGUGAAGACACAGGGCUCAUCCACCAACAACAACGAUGAGGAGAAGUCCAGACAGCUGGAGAGAGAGAACAAGGAACUUCAGAAGAUCAUUCAGGAGAAAGAAGAGAGGGUGUCAGAGCUGCGAAACCAGCUGGUGGAGCGACAAGCUCUCCGCUCCCGAAGACGACCCUCCACAGCCAACCAGAACCACAGCACACCCCUUCUCCCUGUCCCCUCGAAUGACCCCAAAUCCCUCAUUCCCCCACCGGGGUACCCCAACCCCACCCCAGACAACCACUCCCUCCCUCCAUCGUUCUCCAACUCCUCCAACCUCUAUCAGCCCGAUGGGAAGAUCAGUAGGAACAACUGCCACACCAGCCGGUUACAGCUCCUCUACAAGUGAACGAUAGGAGGAGAGGAAGAGUGUUUGAAAGGGGGUAUAAGUUAGUGAAUGAAGAAUGGAUGGAAGGACCAGUAAUCGGGUGAGGGGGUAAGAGACGAGGUAGAGGAAGGAAGAGAGGCAGUAACUAGGUAAGGUAGUGAUCAGAGGGUUAGUGAUAGGUAAGGUAGUGAUCAGAGGGUUAGUGAUAGGUAAGGUAGUGAUCAGAGGGUUAGUGAUAGGUAAGGUAGUGAUCAGAGGGUUAGUGAUAGGUAAGGUAGUGAUCAGAGGGUUAGUGAUAGGUAAGGUAGUGAUCAGAGGGUUAGUGAUAGGUAAGGUAGUGAUCAGAGGGUUAGUGAUAGGUAGAGGGGGCAACAGGAGUCAAACGGUGAUCCAAUUUAUUGAAUGAGAAAGAUCAGAGAGGCCGUACCUGAAGACAACUUAAAGAGAGGGGGAUAGCUUCUGAGGAGACCAAUUGAAAUUGAGCAAAGGGAUUUGAAGAAGGGAAAACAGAAAGCACAUAGAAUUAUUGUUUUUACCUCUCUCUGUCUCUCUCUCUCUCUCUCUCUCUCUCUCUCUCUCUCUC